AGGUAUAAUAUCCUUAUAGGAAUGGUAUACUGUAUUUGACCACUAUCGGCGUACCAACUGUGUAGUGUCAGACCUGAUUAUGGGGAAUGAAUACUAUUUCCGAGUCUUCAGUGAAAAUUUGUGUGGACUGAGUGAAACUGCUGCUACAACUAAAACUCCUGCCUACAUACAAAAGACAGGCACCAUUUAUAAACCACCCAGUUACAAAGAGCACAACUUCUCUGAAGCCCCCAAAUUCACUCAUCCCCUGGUAGACCGUUCCGUGAUCUCUGGAUACAAUGCUACGCUCAGUUGUGCUGUAAGAGGAAUCCCUAAGCCAAAGAUAUUCUGGUACAAGAACAAAGUCGAUCUCUCUGGAGAGGCCAAGUAUCGUAUGUUCAGUGAGCAAGGGAUACUGACCCUGGAGAUCCGAAAGCCCAGUCCCUUUGAUGGAGGCUUUUACACCUGUAAAGCAGUGAAUGAAUGUGGGGAAGCUGAAAUAGAGUGCAGAUUGGAUGUUAGAGCACCUCAGUAAAACUCUAAACCCUUAGUUCAUCAUGAAUUCAAGGUGGUGAUGUGAUUUUGAAGUUGAAGAGAAUGAAAAAAAAAGAAGAGAAUGAGUAACAGAUAUAACUAUGUACACCUAAUGCUCUGCUUAUCUUUAUGUCUUUUAAUGGGGAAGAAAGAUGUUCUGUUUAACUUAAUAAUUUCAGAUCUUUCCUUUUUCAGAAUUGCUGAUGUGUUAUUGUUCCUAAUAAAUAUGCAGGGGACAUAAAAAGAUUUUCACCAUUAACAUUAAAGAUUAUGUUUUAGGACAGAAAUAUUAAAGGUAAAUGCAGAACUGAUCCACCACAUGUCAGGUCUGAAAUGAGCACAAGCACUAAUAUCAACUCUACAAAUGCUAAAAUAAAUUCUCCCCUUUUCCUCUUUUGUCACUGUAAGAAUUCUAAAAUGUGAUACUUGUAUUGAUCAGAAAUAUCACAGAUAGGACCAUCUUAGCAGAUCAUUUGUAUUAGUGCUUCAACUUUGUCACCCCAUAGGACCCUGCAUAAAAGAGAGUCCUCAUGGCAAUCACUUUCCUCUUCAAACCUCCAACACCUGAUUCUAAAAAUGUUUAUUUCUGUGGACUCAGAAAGGUCUACAGAUACCAGCUUGUCCACAGAACACUAUUUCAGAAUCUUUAGUUUAAGCUAUUGCACUGCUUGCUGUAUAUAAGAUAAGUUCCUAUAAACUAUUCACUAAUCAUUUUCUAGUUUGGUACUUUACAUCAAUAGUUUGUAACCUGCUGGUCCAGCGGCAGCAGCAGGCAAGGAGGAAGCAAUCGAUCCCUGGGCUCGGGUCCCAGAACAAGGAGCAACUCACAGCUGAUGCUUGUGAGGACUCUGGGGCCAGGCUCCAGGCCAGAUCCCCAAGCCCCAGCGGUGGGGGGGGAGAAAGGGAGAGAUGCUGCUGGGCCCCCAGAGCCUUGGCUACAGCCAGGAGGGGAAUCUUCAAUAGGGCCAGUUCCACUGCUCCCUAGAAGCCUCUCCUAGUGCAGCACCCUCAGCCUGACCAGCCCCUGUCCCGGGCAGCACUUGGGGAGCAGGUAAGAGAGACCCCGUCUCCACCUCCACCCCACCCAGCCCCGCGGGCUGCAGGGGGAAGGUUUUGCCCUAAGCUGCUCUCAGCGGAGCUGGCUGGGCCCAGGGAAGCUGCUGCCAACUCCCAGUGUGUGUGGGGAGGGGGUAGCCAGCCCUGGGGUAGGAGAUUAGAAGGGGGGGGCCGAGGCAGAUAAUGGGGGUGUGUGAGGUGGGGGCAGAAGGGGAAUGCAGGAUGCGCUGAAGGGAGUUUGGAGAGAUUCUGGGGAGACUUAUGUUAUGGGGUGGAUGUAAUAGGAGUGCAAUGGAGGGAAACUCUGAGGUAGGGCCACAGAAGGAAAGGGGGGAUGCGGAGAAGGGAGGGUGGGGGAGACUGUGGGAACAAGAGCUACCUGGCUGGGGAAGGAAGACACAUAGGGCAAGGGUUGUACAGAAGGAGACAGAGGAGAUACAAUGGCAGCUUUCCCACCCCACAGGGCAGGAGGUGGAGAGGGCAGAGGUGACUAGUGGUACCAUUUGGGGACACCAGCGCCUAUGCCCCUGACAAAAUUUCAGUUGCUAAGUAAGAUGCUCUACAUGCUCCCUGUCCCUGUGGGUGCCCCUCCCUGCACCCCUUCCUCUGCAGGCACCAGUCGCCUCUUAGGAUGUGGCUACCCCACCCAGCCUCCAGAGGUGAAUUCUUUCCGUGAUUUUUUUUAUUUUUAGUGUUGUAGAUAUCUGCAAACUCUGAUCCAUUAUGGACUGGUAACAUUUUAAUUGCAUAUUUGCAUAUUAAUUAUGUGCAUAAUGAAUAUACAAAUAUGCAAAUAAAAUGUUCCACCAGAAGUUUGUGAAUGUGUUUGCCAGUUCACAGUAUUAAAAAGAUUGGGAACCACUGCUUUACACCAGCAUGAACCCUUGUAUUUCAGAUGUUACUACACCCGAAUUAUAUAAUGAAAGAACUGAAAAUUCAGAAUUUCUUUCUCUCUCAGGAGAGACUUUGAAAAAUACAGGAAGUACAGCAGGAAGUUCAGCAUACAAGACAAUUUCAAACCACAAAGCUUAUGAUGAAUUCAGUAAAAGCUUUGUAUCAUUUGUGGUUUUCCAAAUUUAUAAACUAUUUGUACAUGUUUUUCAGGACAGCUAUUUUUUUUAAUUCAAAAAAAGAAAGAAAACCUUCUUGCCCCCAACUGAGUCUCCUGCUUCUCACGUCCCCGUUUGCAUGGUGUAAUCUUUUUCAAUUUGUGUGAUAUUUAGAAGUCCCUAAAUUACUCUCCUUUUAAACUUCUGUGAAAAAAGAAGGCACAGAGAGGAAACCCAUUAAGAAAGAGAGGCUUUAUCAAAGAAUCACAUCAAUGGCUUCAUGUUAAUACUCAAUGCUCCUGUUCUCCCCUCUAAGAUGUAUCAGUGUUAAUGGAUGAGUGUUUCUGACUCUGCAGAUUUAUUGUACUAUGGUGUUAAGUACAACUUCAUAAUAAAGAUACCUGUGCAGUGACAG